AUCAGGGUGCGUCCGCCUUUUCCCUCCCCCUUCCAUCCUCCUCCCCCUCCCCUCCCCUCGUCCCUCAAUCUUCUCCCUAUUUCCUCUCUCUCCAUCCCUGGGGCGUCUCCUGAAGACUCCCGCUUCCGGUCAGCGGCCGUCCGCAAAAGCGUGUCCCGCCUCUUCCGCCUCCCCGGUGGCGGCGCGGGUGGCGGAGGUAGUAGCGGCAGCGGCGACUGCGUGUCUCCUGUCAGGGUCGGCAGGCAGGUCCUCUGGGCGGCCCAGCUGGACGUGGCCGAGCCGAAGCCCGGGGGCCAAUGGCGAUGAACUAUAGCGCGAAGGAUGAGGUGGACGGCGGGCCCACGGGUCCUCCGGGGGGCGCCGCCAAGACCCGGAGGCCGGAUAACACGGCCUUCAAACAGCAACGGUUGCCUGCCUGGCAGCCCAUCCUCACCGCCGGCACGGUGCUGCCCACCUUCUUCAUCAUCGGCCUCAUCUUCAUUCCCAUCGGCAUCGGCAUCUUCGUCACCUCCAACAACAUCCGUGAGAUCGAGAUUGAUUACACUGGAACAGAACCUUCCAGCCCCUGCAAUAAAUGUUUGUCUCCGAAUGUGACAUCUUGUGUUUGUAUCAUUAACUUCACACUGGAACAGUCGUUUGAGGGCAAUGUGUUUAUGUAUUAUGGACUGUCUAAUUUCUAUCAAAACCAUCGUCGUUAUGUGAAAUCCCGAGAUGAUAGCCAGUUAAACGGAGACCCUAGUGCUUUGCUUAAUCCAAGUAAGGAAUGUGAACCCUAUCGAAGAAAUGAGGACAAACCGAUUGCUCCAUGUGGGGCCAUUGCCAACAGCAUGUUUAACGAUACGUUAGAGUUGUUUCUGGUUGCCAAUGAAUCUGAUCCCAAGCCUGUGCCAAUUUCUUUGAAGAAAAAAGGUAUUGCUUGGUGGACAGAUAAAAAUGUGAAAUUCAGAAAUCCACCUGGAAAAGACAGCCUUCAAGAAAAGUUUAAAGAUACAACAAAGCCAGUAAACUGGCAUAAACCAGUAUAUGAGCUAGACCCUGAUGAUGAAAGUAAUAAUGGAUUCAUAAAUGAAGACUUUAUUGUUUGGAUGCGUACUGCAGCUUUACCUACUUUUCGUAAGUUAUAUCGUCUUAUAGAGCGGAGAGAUGAUUUACACCCAACACUACCAGCUGGACAGUACUAUUUGAACAUCACAUACAAUUACCCUGUACAUUUUUUUGAUGGACGAAAACGGAUGAUCUUGAGCACUAUUUCAUGGAUGGGAGGAAAGAAUCCAUUUUUGGGAAUUGCUUACAUCACUAUUGGAUCCAUCUCCUUCCUUCUGGGAGUUGUACUGCUAGUAAUUAAUCAUAAAUAUAGAAACAGUAGUAAUACUGCUGACAUCACCAUUUAAUUUUCUAUUCUGAAACCAAAUCUACUGCAUGUGCAUCAAGGCCAGUCCUGUUCAACCUAGCUUUUGAAUGCCGAUGUCUGGUUAGUAUGUCAUUUUGAAGUUGGCACAUAACAAAAAACAGCCUUUGUUCUUUGCUUCUUACAUAUGGAUGACUUAUGAAAAUAUAUGAUGGGUAUAAAAAUUAGCCAUAUUGAUUAUAUCAAUAUAUAACUGCUAAAAUGACAUUCUAAUGUCUGCUUUUUAUUGGGACAGGCCAUGUGAUGCAUAGAGCCUCUUUGAUGUGAAAUGCGUCUACUGCUUAAACUGUUUAUGCUGUGUUGAUAACAUUAUAUUGACAUGAUGCUGUAUAUGUGUGCCUACUGUGUGAUGAAAGGGAUUAUGAGAUGUAUGAGUGUAAUGACUUGCUAACCUUUGAAAAUUUGGUUACAGUUCAGAUUGAAGAAAGACUAAAUAUAAAUAAAACACUUCAUCAUUUUCAUGUGUCGUGUGUAAAAGGCUUAAAGUCUCCCCGUGUUGAGGUGGUUCAUAUGUUCAGUUUCUCUGUUAUAAUCCUCUGAUAAUGACUUUCAGACUUUAGGUUGUCCAGCAUAGAAAUUAAUAUCUAAAGAGGUCAGGUGGGUCGUGGAUAGAAUUUUAAAUUCCUUCUCAUUUGGCUAAAAUAUUGCAUUCUGGAGUCCUGAGCUACUAGAAAUGUUUAUAUGUGACCCAAUUCCCUGGAAGCUUCCACUUCAUAAGGGAAGAAGGGACAUAGAUGAGAUGGGACAGCUGCUUGGCAAAUCCUUUCCUAUGCCUCAACUGUAAACCAGACAUAAAUGUUCAAAGGAGACUAUUUUCAUUAUUGUGGUUUGUAGUGUUAAGAUGAUUGCUUCUGCCUUGGAAAUACCUCAAGCUGUUCUUACUUAGCAGGUAAGUGAUUUGACUUAGUAUUAAUAUUAUAUUCCAGAAAAUUUUGAAAUCCUAAUUUCUUCCAUAUUUCAUUAAAUUUUUACAUACAGGUCAAACAAAUGUGGAUAUGUAUACACAUUCUCUUUAAUGAAGGUAAUAUUUUGGUUAAUUUUCCUGAGAUAUACCUUAAAAGAUGUUCUAUACAUUUCCUACUUAAAUUCUUGGGGAUUUGGAGUAUGUAUAUGAAAGAAAAAGAUUAUAAUAUAUUGAUUGAAGUUACUUUAUUUUCUAACUAGAAUUAUUUUAAUAGUCCUUUAUUGAAUAAGUGCUGUAAUUUGUUUGCUAUGAGACUUAUUCCUGAAGUGGAUGUAAAUUAUUUUUCCACAUGCAUGAAAAUGUAUGUAUUAAUCAGAGUUGUCUCCAUUGCAUUGAAAUUACUUGUUUUUGAACUAAAGUAACUCAUAUUUAUGUAGUAGAAUGCUUGUGUUUUCAGACUUUGUAAUGAUUUCCUUUGGUUGUAUUUUAAAUCAAACAGUCUGGGUAAAUAUAUCAGUUUGAUUAAUAUGUGCUUAAAAGGAGAAAAAAAUUCAAUGGUUCAUGGUAGAAAUGUGCCACACUUAAAUAAGCUUUGUAUGACAUGAAAUUCUGUUAAAAGCUUGUAAUUCAUGGUGACUUUUAACUUAUAAAAAUACUACUUGCACGGGUUACUUGAUUUAUGGAUAUAUGAAACCUCAGGACAAAAGUUCUUUCUCUAAAACUAUUCUUUUGUCAAUCAUUCAGAAUGCUGUUAUUCUGAAAAGUGUCCCUGUUGCAUAUGAUAGUUUAUUUGGGGGAUUCUUUAUAAGGCGUGGGAUGCUGUUGCCAGCCUUUCCUGAGUAAGUGCUGGUGAAAGAGGACUACUAAUUUGCCUGCAUCUGUCUCUAACUGGGGACCAAGGGGUCUGCUGAAGGAAACUGAAGAGCUCUAACAUUUCCACAGCUUGGAGAAGAGAUAGAAUCUUUAAAAGUACAGUUGAAGCUUGAUCAGUUUUACAAGUGCACUGAUGGUUCCUGUCUUCCAUGGUUCCUGUCAUUUGAAACCAACUCCUGUUGUGUAUAUGAAGAAUCUGGGACAUUCAUAUUUUAAAAAAAGUUGAUGUCAUUAAGGGACUAAGUAGGCUUAGAAAAAUGCAUUAAUUUGCAAGUAUUUUGGCACAAGAAACUUUCCAACUGAAAAAAUUAUUUAGUAAGCAAAAGCUGAUGUUUCUUUGAAAUCAUAAGGCAGUUUAAAAUAAACUGAAGAAAAUAUAACUGUGUUCUAAUAGAGAAUAAUCCAAUUAAGAGUCAAGUGAAUGUUAUUUAUUCGAUAGUAACAAAAUUUAUUUGUAAACUUAAUUAUAUUAAAAGUUAUUCUGUUAGGAUGUUUUGUAUUAAUAAACGUGAACAAAAUUAA